AUGAGGCUUCGGGGACCAAGGGCGGGCCAGCCGGAGCGCGGCGGCGUGAGGGGCCGGGGUGACGGGAGGGCUGGGCGCUCGGAACAAAGGCAGCGGCUACUCCAGCGGCCACCAAGCCGCCGCCGCUCGACGGAGGAGUGUCAGGCUCAGGGCUUUGGACUCCCCGGCCGUCCGCAUGGCCCCCUGCCCGCCUCGGGACCCCAGCCUAGCACAAGGGACCGCCUCCAGCCGCGGAGGGAAGCCAGUCCGCGCGACCGGCGCGCUCAGGCCCCGCCCUCCCGCGCGCCCGGGCCGGCGCCUCGCGGCCGACGCUGCCACACCCCCGGCCGCUCCCGGGCCCUAAUAGGGCGCCCGCCCUCUGCGGCCCCGCCUCCUCCGGCCACCGGUGCUUACGUCACUUCCCCAAGCGCCAGUGUCCGCGGCUCCGGCCCUGCGGCGGGUCCUGAACGUUUUGUGUCGCGACGGUUAGGGCUCAGCCUUCGAACUUUGCACCAAGCCUUGUGA